AUUUUUAUUUUUUAAAAACACGGUUAAUUAAUUUUCUUCCUUUUCACACAGAGACAUCGGAGGAGAAAAAAAAGGGCAAAAACAAAAAACAAAGAUCCGAAAUUUUUCCUCUGGAAAUAUCUCAGUGAGUGUCUGUGUAAAACAAAAAAAACAAGGAAGAAAAUUUACUACAUUUCUGUAUUAUUUAGCAUUAAAUGGAUCUGUUCCAACGAUAAUUCUCUGUCUGUGAUAAAAGAAAAAUUGAAUUUUUUCUUCUAUCUAUCUACCUCUGUUCUUCCUCGUCAUUUCUUACCCAGAAAAAUAGAGGAUAACAAAAAUCUGUUUCUUUCGAUGAUCAUCGUGACACUUUCUCUGUGAUUUUUCCUUUCUUCUGUUGUUGUUGAUCAUCGUGAUCAUCGUCUUUCCUUACAUGCGAACCCCCAUGUCAGACACUCAGCAUGUACAGAGCUCUUUGGUGUCGAUUCGAUCUUCCGACAAAAUCGAAGAUGCCUUUAGGAAGAUGAAAGUAAAUGAGACCGGCGUGGAGGAACUGAAUCCGUAUCCAGAUCGUCCCGGUGAAAGAGAUUGCCAAUUCUAUUUAAGAACUGGUCUCUGUGGCUAUGGAAGCAGUUGCCGUUACAAUCAUCCUACUCAUCUUCCACAGGAUGUUGCUUAUUACAAGGAGGAGCUCCCUGAGAGAAUUGGACAGCCGGAUUGUGAGGUGCAGUUUCUUGUAUCUCUCACUAUCUCAAAUCUUGGUUGUUGUUUGGAUGAGUACAUUGUAAACAGUUAAAAAGAAAACGAGAUUUUUGUUCAGAAUAAAGCUAAAGUAAGAGAACUGAUUCUAGUUUGUAACUUCACAUAAGAGAGGUAGCAAGAAUAUACAUUGAAACUGCAGAAGAUAUUCCUCAUCUGGUUUAGUCUUUCCUCCAAAUGUUUUCCACAAACAACUUUUUCUUCUACAUGCAAUUUUCGCUGCAGUAUUUUCUGAAGACAGGAGCUUGUAAGUACGGCCCAACUUGUAAAUAUCAUCAUCCAAAGGACAGGAACGGUGCACAACCUGUAAUGUUCAAUGUUAUCGGUUUACCUAUGCGUCUGGGUGAGAAGCCAUGUCCAUAUUACCUGCGAACGGGAACUUGCAGAUUCGGAGUUGCUUGCAAAUUCCACCAUCCUCAACCUGAUAAUGGACAUUCUACUGCAUAUGGAAUGUCUAGCUUUCCUGCUGCAGAUUUACGAUAUGCUAGUGGUUUAACAAUGAUGUCUACAUAUGGAACUUUGCCUCGUCCGCAAGUUCCCCAGUCCUAUGUGCCAAUCCUGGUUUCACCCUCUCAAGGCUUUUUACCUCCUCAAGGCUGGGCCCCUUACAUGGCUGCAUCUAACUCCAUGUACAAUGUGAAGAAUCAACCUUAUUACUCCGGUAGUAGUGCAUCCAUGGCCAUGGCUGUGGCAUUGAACCGUGGUUUGUCAGAAAGUUCUGACCAACCAGAAUGUCGGUUUUUUAUGAACACCGGGACAUGUAAAUACGGAGACGAUUGCAAAUACAGCCAUCCCGGAGUAAGGAUUUCACAACCACCACCAAGUCUUAUAAACCCUUUUGUUCUUCCAGCGAGACCUGGACAACCAGCUUGUGGUAACUUCAGGUCUUAUGGAUUCUGCAAGUUUGGACCAAACUGCAAAUUCGACCACCCUAUGCUGCCAUAUCCGGGCCUGACCAUGGCUACUUCUCUGCCUACUCCUUUUGCUUCACCUGUUACAACCCAUCAGAGGAUCUCACCAACACCAAACCGCUCUGAUUCAAAGUCUCUUUCUAAUGGUAAACCUGAUGUGAAGAAAGAAAGCUCAGAGACUGAGAAACCAGACAAUGGAGAAGUGCAGGAUUUGUCUGAGGAUGCGUCAUCACCAUGAUCAUGAUUCUUAAAAACCCCAAUGAUCUCUCUCUGCCCUUUUUUGUGGAAGAGGAGGGGAGGUGAAAAGUGUUUCUCUUUUCUUUUUUUUUUUGGCUUGGAGAUGGCCAUGGCUGAAAACAAUAUAGGAUGAAACCAGUGAUGUUGUCACAGGUUUCUCUUCUGUUUUUGACUCUGUUAAUAAAUUUUAAUCAGACUUAUCAGAGGAAAAAUAGAGUUUGUGUUGUGACACUCACUAAGAGCUCUUUAUGAAUGACAACUCGAACGUAAAAUUACAUCUUUUGCUUUUGUCAAGUGU